AAGGAACUUUCCUAAGUCAGAGACUUUAGGACUCGGGACCUAGAACCAGAUGGUCCGGAGGAGAAGCAGCAGCCGCCGCCGCAGCAGGAUCUGAGCCAGCCCAGGUGGGCAGCACAGCUGGGAAGCCGGACCCAGCACCAGAGACCGAGGCAGGAGUUGCAGGCCCCCCACGUCACCUUUGGCAGCUUGAUCCUGUGGCUGGGGGGCCCCCCCUGCGCUGUCUCCUCCUCCCUGCACCCCCCCGUUGCUUUCAUGCAACGCCUGGUGGCCUGGGACCCAGCAUGCCUCCCCAUCCAGCCACCCGCCUUUAAAUCCAUGGAAGUGGCCAAUUUCUAUUACGAGGCGGACUGUCUGGCUGCUCUGAGCAAGGUGCACCCGCGGGCGGCAGGGGGCCGCUCCAUGACUGAGUUCACCGUAGGGGACCACGAGAGAACCAUCGACAUCAGCCAUUACCUGGACCCCUUAGCAUCCCAGCCGCCGCCGCCGCAGCCGCAGCCUCCUCCUGCAGGAGCAGCAGCAGGGGGCAACUUUGAGCCUCCCUGCAGCAGCAACAGCAGCCAAGAUUUCCUCUCCGACCUCUUCUCCGAGGACUAUAAAGGCGGCAGCAAGAAGCCCGACUACACCUACAUCAGCCUGCCCAGGCAUUGCCACCCGGGCGCCGGCCAGGGCCAGAAGCUCGGGGGACUGCUGACCUGCUUCCCGCCCCAGAUCGUGGAGACCAAAGUGGAGCCGGUCUUCGAGUCCCUGGACUCUUGCAAAGGGCCCUGUAAGGAAGAAGGAGGCGCAGGGCCGGGGCCGGGGGGCAUGUCCUCCCCCUACGGCAGCACCAUGCGCUCCUACCUCGGUUACCAAUCGGUGCCAAGCGGCAGCAGCGGCAACCUGUCCACCUCGUCCUCUUCCAGCCCCCCCGGCACCCCCAAUCCGUCCGAUUCCUCCAAAUCCGGCGGCGGGGGCUACGCCGGGACCCCCGGGGGCAAGAACAAGUCCAAGAAGAGCGUGGACAAGCACAGCGACGAGUACAAGAUCCGCCGGGAGAGGAACAACAUCGCGGUGCGCAAAAGCCGGGACAAAGCCAAACUGCGCAACCUGGAGACGCAGCACAAAGUCUUGGAACUGACCGCCGAGAACGAGCGGCUGCAAAAGAAAGUGGAGCAGCUCUCCCGGGAGCUGAGCACCCUCAGGAACUUGUUCAAACAGCUGCCCGAGCCCCUGCUGGCCACAUCUGGCCACUGCUAGCCCCACCGCUGGACACUGCUAGAGCCGCAGUGGUUGGGGUUCGGGGGGAGGGAGAGGGAGAAAGGGCUUGAAUUUGGGGAAGGAGGAUGGGAGGGGGGAGGGGUGGAUCUGGUGGCUGCUUUUUCCCUCCCCUAUGAGGACAGAUUGGCUCGGGGAGGGGGAAGAAAUGGGGAGAGACUCAAGGUUUUUGUUUUGUUGUUGUUGUCUUUUGUUUGCAAUUUGGUGGAAAAAUCUUCCGCCGCAGCCUGUUUGUCCUAGGAGGGGGACUCUCCUGGCGGGCGCCGGGGUCCUCAGCACCGUGUGGCGGAAUGACAGUUGCCGAUGGUAAUUUUUUUUUUUAUGUUACAGUCCCACCGAGCCCCCCUUUCCCCGAAGCGGUCUCUCUGCAGAGUUUGUUGAAUGUUCGUGUUAUUUAAAACAGAGCGAGAGAGGGAGAGAAAAAGCAGAGAGUGAUGCAAUCCUUUAAACAUGGCUGGGAAUACUGUGUACACAUGAUGCAAUCUCGUGUAACUGUCAGUCAUGAAUUGAGUAAUCUGUUAAAGAUGUUCCUGGGGUUUUUUUUAUUAUAAAGAAAAAUCUAUUUCUAUAAGAAAAAAACACAUAUGUAUAUUUUGGGAUCUAUAAACGUUCUUGCUACAUUCGAAGCAUUAAUGAACAAUUUUAAUAAACUUUAUGGCUAGGAAAAAAAGGAAACUUGUUUUAUUUUAAAGGCACUUUAAAGCCAGAAUGAAAUCAGUUGAAAUGCCAGCUAGAUCUGGCUGUGUCAGGAAUCAGGGCUUUCUGUUGGCCUUUUGACUUUCUCUGUGACUCAGCAAAAAAACGGGAGAGAACCGGAGAAGAGCAGCUGUGGGAGCUGCAGCCAGUUCCCCCUUGCUGCCUCACUGAAUUUCCUCUAAUCCCCUUGAGUUAAAUGCUGUUUGGGAUUUUUUGCAACACUCAUAACUCUCCACAUGCCAAGACCCAGAGGUGCCAUCCAAACCGUGAAAAAUGUUCAACAAAGUCCCUCCAGGGGAGGGACAAGGUUAAAGCGUGGGAGCGGGUGGGGAAAAGAAAAAGUCAAGGAGGAAGUUUGAAAUGAGGAGGGGUUCUUUCUUUAAAGCUCAAGUUUUUGUAGCCUCUCAGUUUCAUGACUCAGCAUUUCUGAUGUCUGUGGUUUACAGCAAUGAAUAGUGAUAACAUGGUAUUUUUGUGUUGGAUGGCAGUACAUUUGGGCCAGCAAUGAGGGACCUCUUUCUCACAUAACUAGGUCCCGUGAUAAAUGUGUGAACAACUCUCUCUAUAAUUUCCUACUGAGCCUUCUUUUUAAAACGUUUUUCUAAAAGAAGCUGUUGAAACAGCUGAGUUUUUGAAAGGUGAGUGUGUGGUAGUGGUGGUGGUAGUGAACAGGUCAGGUAUGUGGUUUAGGGUAAAAGUUAGGGUAUAGGAGGAUGUGUGUAUGGAGCCAUAAGAACUUUGUGACAAAAAUAAUAGAGGCUCUGCCAGCAGAUGUACUAUGUGGGAUUUGUCAAGGCCUGUGAGUUACACAUGGCUCUCUAUAGUUUGCUCUAGUGUACGUGCCUGUAAAAUGUUAUGAGAGCCUAGAGCUGAUUACGUGCAGGGAGUUGGGUACAUGUUCAGGUCUUAUUCAGCAUUUUCCAACAUACUAGGCCUACUCUAAGCACAUCCCUCUUCUUAAUCCAGAUGUCGAAAACUACCAGGAAAGAAUUUCCUUAACCCCUCUAUACUGUGCUUUACAGUAGGGCACAAAUGUUCUGUUUCUUUAAGGGUGUGGAUUUGAACUUGCUGCCUGUUAUAUAUUUUACUGUAAAGGACAGUGAUUGGGAGUGGAUGUGGAGUAGCCUUAAAUUUGGUGUUUGUUGAUACUGAUUUUACUCACAAAAUAUGUCGUUAAUGAGGGAGUUGUUUUUAAUUUUCAGUCACAGUGAUCACAUCUUCCUCAGGCAGGGAAAACUAGAGUCUACAGUGGAGUUGAUCAAGUAACUCUCUGUUCACGCAUAUCUCCCAUAGCCCUCACCAGGAGCUAUGCAAGAGUAAGGAGUGUGGGAUUAGAUUCAAUGCAGCUGUAUUUCCCUUUUGCUUUGCAGUUUAUACAAAGUAAUUAAGGGACUUUUCUGAGCCCCUAGAAUCAGGCUUUUUGGGGUUAUCUAGUCAACCUUCCUGCAUUGUGGCAGGUUCACUUCUUGCAGGCUGGCUGGAUGUCAGGUCUUGCCUUGAAUCUACCUAGUGAUGGUGAAUUCCACAAUCUCCCAUUACCACUGGUUCCACUGUUGAACUGUUCUCCUAGUUACAAAACUUAUCCUAAUAUUUAGACCCUAUUCUCUUCUCUGCAGUGAAGGCCCAUUUGUUCUCAAACUUGUAAGUGAUGGUUCUGAGUUACAUGGGAGGACUGCUGGCUUUAGAGUUGCUGAAUGAAGGGCUGGAAAUAUCCCCAGGAACAUUUCUUAUUUCAUUUAUAAAGGACAACAUUUCCAUCCAAAUCUGUGUGUGGAGGGCAGAUGUGAGGGGGAAUGGAACUGAAAGAGAAGACAUAUUAAAGAUCCUAAUAUUUGUUUAAAAUAACAUUAUAAAUCAGUGGGCCAAAUUCCAGCAGUGGAGUUGCACCAGAGAUGAUGGAUGGGCUAACCUGUUGCCUUUAAGCCUGGACUUGCUAUAAUUUAACUGGGACCCACACAGCUGUAAUCAAGACAGAUUGACAGGGGUACUGGAACAAUUUUUAUAGUGGGGGUGCUGAGACCCAUUGAAUCAAACUGUAAACACUGUACAUAAUGGAAACCACUUCAAGUCAGGGGGUGCGGGAGCACCCCUUCCCUCCCCCCAACAUCCCUAUUUCCAGCAUUUAUGCAGAUUGAUAUAAAGACUACUUGGAUUAUUGCUACAGAAUCUAAUGCCUCCCUUAAUUUGGACCAUGUGUAACUCAGCUGGGAUGUAUCAGUACAACACUGAGCUUUGGUGAGGUAGGUAUUACUACCCCUAGUUUACAGAUAAAAACUGAAGCAAAAUGUUGUGAUUUGCCAUAGGCCUCAGAGGGCAUCUGUGUCAAAGCCAGGAUAAGAAUUCAUGAAUCUCUGGUUCUGUGUGUUUUAUCCAGCCACCUACCUUACAGUUGAGCAGCUUUGCAAUGAUUUUAGGUGUGUAUGGGCCAUGGAAUAAGAGUCUUCAGAAAAAAUACCUCACAAUUAAAAGACUUUGUCGUAUAAAAUAUGCAGGGACUGUUAUCUGGGGGAAAACAGAAACAAAAAACAACUAAACAAAGCAAUCUGGGCAAUCCGUCGAAGUAUGAUCACAGCAGAGAAAUGGGGACCAUCCCCGUCCAAACCUAGCUCAUUCUCAAAUAUUGAUCUAGAGUCCCAUUAAAAAUACAUUUCUGCUGAUUGAAAACAGAGCCUCAUGCACCUCACUUGUCACUUUGCUCUGUCUCUUCUGCUUCUCUGUGUUGAGGACGCUCAUUGAGGAGCCAAAUAUAUUUUGGGGUGUGAUGCUGGAGUCUAUAUGCAAGCAAAGCUCCCAUUGAAGUAAAGGAUCAGGAUGAGACCCAUGAGCACAAUUUUGUCUCCUUUGAAAUACGUGCGAACCAUUCAGAUUUCAGCCUUUUUUUUCCAAGUUAUCAUUAACACUUAUUUUUUAUUUCUACCAGCUCAUGCUUGCUGACCCCAAUGGGGAUUUGCUGAGGUAGGAGAUAGCAGAAUUUCCCCAUCUUUAGAAAUAUAAUAUUCCUAAUGAGAACAUAAAAUCCCUGCCAUAUACAUUCUGUUUCUAAAGGGUUCUAAAUCCCACUUCUGAAUCUGCUACACCAGUUGUUCUCAACAGGGGUCCGGGACCCCUGGGGGGGUCGCAGAAGGUUUCAGGGGGUCUGCCAAGCAGGACCAGCAUUAGAUUUGCUGGGGCCCAGGGCAGAAAGCUGAAGCCCGACCUCCUGGGGCUGAAGCCCGGGGCCCUGAGCCCCGCCCACACAAGGCUGAAGCUGAAGCCUGAGCAAUGUCGCUUUGUGGGGGCCCCUGUGGCAUGGGGCCCAUGCAGUUGGCCUGCUUACUACCCCCUAACGCUGGCCCUGGCUUUAACAGUUGUUGUGGCACAGGUGGGCUGUGGAGUUUUUAUAGUAUGUUGCGGGAGGCCUCAGAGAGAAAAAGGUUGAGAAUCCCUGUGCUACACCAUUUGGAUUCAGUGAUAUUUAAUUCCACAACAGAAAAUCCAUUCCUCAAAAUGUAUUGUUUAAAUAAACAUAAUUUAAAAUAUUAACAAGUUCUAACUUUUAAGCAAGUUCUCUCUCAAUCUGUCUACCUUGUACUACACUUGUCACCGUGGCAUCUGCGUGUCACAGAUAUUUUAGCAACAGUUUUCUGCAUUGCUGAUGUUAUAUGCUGUUGCUUCACAUUCUAAAGAUGCUUAACUCGCAUUGCCUUCCAUUAGUUACCCCUGGAAUUUUCAGCAGUAGGAAUUAUUGUUAAAAAUUACCCUUGUUUGUGUCUGCAUUCAUUUUUUCCUGUGUCACACUAAUAAAUGCAAU